CUUUUAAACCAAUACUCUUCCGUCUCACUUUCUUUGCGACUUUGACUGUUUGUGACUUGAUUGUCAAGCUUGUUGAUUUAUUUGUAAACAACAGUAGGGUAAACAUCUGCUAGUAGAACCACGGCAGAAUAUUAAGUUGAUUUGAUUGCAACUAGACUUUCAAAAUUUCGAACCGGGAAAGCUGAGAUCGGUAAGCUCGCUGCAAUGGAUGGAUUGGAAAAUCUUUGCAGAGUUUGUCUAACCAGUGGAAAUGUAGACAUUGACUACUUGCUGAUCAAUAUAUUCGAAAUACAAAAUCAUGGCACAACUUCAUCAGAAUUUUCUAUUAGAGAUUCUCUGCAAAUCAUCUGUGGAUUGAAGUUAUCUGAAGAUGACCCUUUGCCAAAGAAUAUCUGCUCAGUGUGCCUUUCGCGUUUGGAGGAAGCACACAAGCUGCGGCAACUGUCGCAGACAUCCCAACAAACUUUAUACGAUAUGCUUGCCAAUGCAGUAACUUCUUCCGCGGAAGCAUCAGAUACAAAAUAUGCUACAAUUAUAGCGAACAGCGUGGGAAAGUCACAUGGGAAAUCUCUAGGUGAACCACAAUCCUUUGCAAUAACUUCCGCUGAGCCAACAGAACAAGAAAACGCCACAGCUACCGAGCACGACGAGGACAUGCUCUAUGAGGUUGAAUACCUGGAUGAACCAGAACCAUCGGAGAUCAUGGAAUUAGCUGAGGAUGAUAUAAAAAUUGAGGAAGUCGAAAUUGGCGAACAAACCACAGACGAAGUACACUGCUGUGGGUGUGAAGCUGCAUUUGAUUCCGAGCUGCAGUUACGGAAACAUUCUAUCCGCAGACAUCGCCCCCGUUCAGUGAUGGAUGUUCCGCGUGGCAGAGCACAAUGUAAUGUUUGCUAUACCCUAUUUUCAAAUGAAUUCAAAGUUAAAAUUCAUAAAAUGGGCAAAAAUAAUGUACAACCAUUGAAGAAGUGUGCAUUCUGCGGCUGUAACUUUUUCUCGGAGAAAGGAUUAUUGAACCAUGAAAAGCAGUUCCAUAAAGAUAAGCUACAUAAAUGUUGCAAAUGCAGUUUUUCAUGCUAUGAAAAAGAUGAACUUUUAGCUCAUUCCACCUGCCACUAUGCAAGUCCCAACACAAAAAAGAAUCGCAAAGCUCACCAGUGCAAACUAUGUAUGUCCCAAUUUGUAACGCUUCAAGAAAAGCAACUCCACGAACGCCUUCCAUACAAAAUCCCACGGAAACAACGCCCCGAAAAAGAUGAGGAAGUUACCGUUACUGUUCUGAGAUGUUGCGGUUGCGCCAAAGUGUUCAGUACCAUGUCUGAAUUGACGACCCACCAAGAGCAAGCCCAUCUACCAAACCGCCUUGAUUAUACCGAAGAUAAUCCCGUUGAAUGCGCUGGCUGUUACAAACGUUUCAAAAGUAACUCCUUUCUGAACAAACACCUGCGAAGAGCUGCCGAUAAAAAACUGUAUGCCUGCAGCAAAUGCACCGUGACACGACGGACGCUCAAGGAACUGAUCGAACACGAGUCAUCGCACACGGGGGAAAAUGCCUUCCUUUGCUGUGGUUGUAAGAAACGAUUCGAAUCGAACGAACUACUGGAACAGCACGCUCUGCAGGAACACGCCAACAGACCGAAAAUGUACUACAACGAUGAAGACGACAUCGUGCGGCCGUUCCAGUGCAAGAUUUGCUACCGACGGUACAAGACGGCCAGAGAUUUGCGGGGCCAUCAGCGGUUUGUCUAUUACGACAAAGUUCAUACUUGCCAGAUUUGUGGGAAAGGUUUCUCCCAAGAAAACAGCCUUGCACUGCACAUCGCCACUCACAAGACGAAAGCGGAGUUUCCUUGCCCCAUCUGUGGUAAGAAGUACAAACAUCGGGCUAACGUGCGCAACUGCGUAAUUCGUCACGAACGUCCCAAGCAGCACAAGUGUAAAAUCUGCAAUGUCACUUUCCCGGCUGCUUCGAAUCUCUAUUCCCAUAUGAUAUCGCAUUCGGAAGACCGCCGGUACAAGUGCGACGUUUGUGGUCAGUCAUUCAAACGUAGCUUCCACCUCCGGAAGCACAUGAACACCCAUACAACAGAGAAGCAUUACGCUUGCAAGUACUGCUCGUCGAAGUUCUGCACAACUUCCGAGCUGUACAAGCACGAGAUCCGCCACACGGGAGUCUACCCUUACGAAUGCGAGAUUUGCGACAAAAAGCUAACAACACGUCAGGUGUUCAUUAAGCACUACGAGUCCCAUAUCGAAGUUUCGAAGAAGGUUUUCGUUUGCAACUUGUGUCCGGAGAAGUUCAGUUUGGAUCAUUUUCUGUCUAAUCACAUCAAGUAUAAACAUCGAAUCGAACCACAGGACAAACAGUGGAAUGAAAAGUUUAACCGGAAGGGUCCUGCUAGGUUGAGAGGGGGCCUCAGGUUUACUGGAGUCAGAGGAAAUGCAUACGCCUACACAGCUCCUCAGGAUGUAGAAGCAAGCGGAGCAGCAGAUGAGGAAGAACAUCUGGAGCUUAUGGAGGACUUCGGCGAAGAAGUAGAAAUUAAAGUGGAUCAAUAAAUACUUGCAUUUUUGGGUAUGCAGAGCUAAUGAA